AUGAGACUACGAGACUUUAUGUUUGAAAUAGAAAUGACAAAAGUUGACAAGAGAGAACUCUAAAAAUUAAUGGAGCGUAAACUUGAUGCAGACAUCUUUUGGGCUUACAACAAACGAAACCUUAAUAGUGUAAUGACGGUUUCUCUAGAUAAUGCAGGCGCUGCUGGUGUUGCUUCUAAACUUAUGAAAUUUGAGUAGUAAUUCAUAGAUACCUAAGAUUUGAUUGAUGAACUGAAACAAAAUUAGAAAAAGUAUGCUUUGCAAACAGAGUUGCAGAGUGUCAAGAUCAGUCUUGAGUUAGCUGAAGACAAGAUUAAAGAUAACAUUGAAAAACUUGACAAUGAUUAAGGAAAAAUAUCAAACAAUAUAACAAACAUGUAUCAGAGACUUGAAAAUAUAAUGAAUAAACAAUAAACUUAAAAUGACUAGUUGACAAAGUUAGAAGUUAAGAACAAUACUUUGAAAAAUCAACUAGAACUCUUCAAGGAAGAAUAUAAGCAAGAUAAAAUAUAAUUCGAUAUUCAAAAGAUUAAAAGAAGUGGAUCCUUUUCUGGAGAGAAAGGAGAGGUAUUAGCUGAUCCAGAUGCUAUAAAGAAGAAAAGAAAUUCCUUGCAAGAUGAUAAUUUUCAGAAGGCUAAUUCUCUUAGAAAGCAGUAGACAAUGAAUAGAGGCGGAAUAGAUAGAAAAGAGCUGCUAGUGAUGUAGAAGAAAUUUGAUGAGUAAAUUAACAUCGUUCGCUAAAAAAUCAUUGAAGUUAGAAUGUCAAAUGAUAGUAAAAUUGAAUGGCUCUACAAGGAUUAAAAGAGACUAGCUUAAGAUUUGAAAUAUGAACUGACAAAUAUGGUGAAUGAUUAAAAAGAUGUUAUCAAUGAUUUGACUAAGAGAGUGAGAACAUAAUAUGAGAGAAUUGAGGGAAUUAAAGAUGACUAGAAGGAUCUCAAGGAUAAAUUUACUGAGUUUGAACAGAGAUUCACAGUGGACUAUUUGAAUUCUUAAGCUAAGAAGUUGAUAAGGGAUGUAAUUGAUAAUUAUAUAGAGCAGUUCAAGAUUAAAACAAAUACAGAUAUUAAAUAUCUUAAAAAGCAUUUAGCAGAACUAGAGAGCUGGGAAGAAAUGGCUAAGUAGGAUAUCAAUCAAUUCAAGAAAGAAAUGAAUGCCUUAAGAAGUAAGUUACGAAAAAUCUCAUUCAAUGUUUUAGCAUAAUCCAUUUUCGAGAUUCAAAAUAAAAAUGAGGAAAUAAAUUCUUAUCUGCGGGAGAUGACUAGACUUAGAAAGAUGGAUCACACUAAGGAAUCUAUUUUGAGAUCAGCUAAAGAGUUCUAUGAUGAUGAGUUAAAUCAGAAUAAAGGUGGGGAGAUUCUAUAUACUAAUCAAACUAACACAAACAGCAAUGUAAAUGAGACUUAGAGAUCAAUAGCUUCUCCGGAGGUAUCUGUUUUCAAGCAUACCAGAGAGCCAAGUUAAAUACUCAAGAAUGUAUUUUUAACUCAAAAUUCCUAGAGUUCAAACUUCAAUAAAACUGAAAUGAACAUUAAGAGAGAUAAGGGAUUAAAUAGAUCUAUUGAUGUUUCAAAUAUUGAAAAAUUAAACAAAAGAAACAUCGGGAUGAGAAAUGACGUAAAUCCUACUAGCAAGUUGAUGAUGACAACUAUAAAUAAUCCUAAUAGUAGGUUAAAUGGAUGGGCAAAAGGUGUCACACCAACUGGGGAAAGAGGUGAAAGGAAUAGAAAUAGUAUGGUAAUGUCACCCUUAACUGGCAGACACUAAAAGUUUAGACUUAAUAUAACUUAAGAUCAUGAGCAAAAAUAGCUAUGA